AUGGCAAAUCGAACCACCGUGACAGAGUUUUUCCUCCUGGGUUUUUCCAGUGGCCCGAAGACACGCUUAGUUCUCUUUGGGAUUUUCUUGGUUGUCUACAGCAUCACCUUAACAGGCAACGUGAUCAUCCUGAUGCUCAUUUUGCUGGAUUCUCAACUCCACACCCCCAUGUACUUCUUCUUAAGCCACCUUUCCUUUGUGGACAUCUGGUACACAAGUAGCACGGUCCCUCAGUUGUUAACCAACCUCUGGACCCCAAAGAAGACCAUCUCAUUUGCUGGUUGUGGUGCUGAGAUCUACCUUUUCCAUGGUCUGGCCAUUACUGAGUGCGUCCUCCUGGCAGUCAUGGCCUACGAUCGCUUUGUAGCCAUAUGCUACCCUCUGCGCUACACCCUCAUUAUGAACCAGAGAGUCUGCAUCAAGUUGGCUGCAGCAGCUUGGCUCUGCGGCUUCCUCCUUGCAAUGGUGCAUGCAAUCCAUACCCUCCGAAUGCCUUAUUGUGGUCCAAAUAUCAUUAACCACUUUUAUUGUGACAUGCUGGCUGUGCUGAAACUUGUUUGUGCUGACACCCACCUCAAUGAAAUCAUUGUGUUUGUGAUUGCUGUCCUCAUUCUUGUGUGUCCCUUCUCCUUUAUACUGAUCUCAUACAUCCACAUUCUGAUAGCCAUCUUGAAGAUUCGCUCUGCCCAGGGCAGGCGCAAAGCUUUCUCCACGUGUGCCUCCCACGUGACUGUGGUGGCACUGUUUUAUGGAAGUGCUAUGUUCAUGUACAUG